CAUGCUAUCGAUAUUGCUGCUGAUGUUUUCCAGCACUGGCCUACAGAACAAUAAUAAAAAUGGAAAAAAGUAAUAUUUUAACGGCUAUUUUGAUCACAGGGCCACCAGGUGUUGGCAAGACCACGUUGGUGCGUAAGAUCUGCUCAAAGUUAGGGGAGCAGAGCAAACUUCAGGGAUUCUACACGGAAGAGGUGCGUGCCGAUGGAAAAGGACAGCGCAUUGGCUUUGAUGUGGUCACCCUGACCGGCAAGCGAGGAAUACUGGCACGGGAGAGGCCGCUGGACAACCUGCGACGCCCCAAAGUGGGCAAGUACUCGGUCUAUGUGCAGGACUUUGAGAAUCUAACGCUGCCACUGCUCGAUGGCAGUCAUUCCGGCUUCGGGCUCUUGGUCAUCGAUGAAGUGGGCAAAAUGGAGCUGCUGAGCAAACGCUUUGAAGCUGCCAUCGCCAACGUGUUCGAGCAACAGCGCCGCCCCAUUCUGGCCACCAUUCCACAAGCGACUCGCCAGUCCAUGCCGCUGGUGGAGAAAUUGAAGAACGCUCCUGGCGCCUAUAUCUACGAGGUGACCAAGGUCAACCGGGAUGCGCUGGUCAAUCAAAUUACGGAGCUCAUUACACAGUCGAAAUUUUUAACAUAAUAAUCUGAUUGGU